AUGGCUAUGCCAAGAAAAAGUUUAUUUUUUUUAAAUUGUACUGAAUCUCCAGAAAGGGAACCUUUACUUCGAGACAGACAUCACAAUUUACGGUACAAUGGCCUUUCUCAAUCUAUAAAUAAUAGCGAAGAUAGUUGUCAAACAGAAUAUGAGUGUGUCGAUGCUACUGCUAGUCCAUUAUCAUUAAAUCAAGAAUGGCCUCCUAGAAAACAAAAAAGAAUCACAGAAACUGUAAAACCUGGUCAAUUGAAUAUAAUAUCAGGAAAAUUUGAGAGUUUGGAUUUUGAUAUAUGUGAAAAUCACCUGUUGAUUCAGGAAUUAAGAUCGAAAGGAUUUAAAUUUAUUAUUAAAAAAGAUAUAUCAAGGUGGUUUAUAUUUUGUUUCAUCGGUAUUUUUACAGCAAUUAUUGCUGCUUUUAUUGAUAUCGCUGUUAAUGAAUUAACUGCCUUCAAAUUUAAAAAUAUUAAAAAAUAUAUCGAUACUUGCAUUUCGAAGCAAUGCUUGUAUCAACCAUAUUUGAUUUGGAUAGCUUUCAAUGUUUUAUUCGUUUUAAUCGGUUCAAUUAUUGUAACAUACAUAGAACCUGUAGCUGCUGGAAGUGGUAUUCCAGAUAUAAAAUGUUAUUUAAAUGGAGUGUUAAUACCAAGACUUGUCAGAAUAAAAACAUUAGUUGUUAAAGUAUUAGGAGUUAUUUUGUCUGUUGUUGGUGGUUUAUCAGUCGGAAAGGAAGGUCCUAUGAUACACUCUGGAUCGAUUGUCGGAGCUGGCAUAUCCCAAGGUAAAAGCACAACCUUUUCAAAAGAUUUUGGAGUUUUUGGUUUUUUUCGUGAAGACUGCGAAAAGAGAGAUUUUGUAUCUGCUGGAGCUGCUGCUGGUGUUGCUGCUGCCUUUGGUGCUCCCAUAGGCGGUGUUUUGUUUGCCGUUGAAGAAGGAAUAAGUUUUUGGCAUCAGAGUCUCAUCGGUAGAAUAUUAUUUUGUUCAUUAAUAUCUACUUUCACUUUGAAUAUCAUACUUAGCGCCUACCACGGUCAUCUGGGUGAUCUUUCAUAUUCCGGUUUAUUAGAUUUUGGAAAAUUCGAUACAUUACAUUAUGAAUUGGGAGAACUUUUAAUAUAUGUUUUAAUGGGAGUUUUAGGUGGACUCUUGGGUGCUUUAUCAAAUCACUUAAAUUAUAAAUUAACAGUGUUCAGAAUCAGGUAUUUAACUUUUAAUUGGAUGAAGGUGAUAGAAGCUGCAAUUGUUGCAUCAUUUACAUGCACAAUUGCAUUUUUAAUGAUUUACUUGGUUAAUGAUUGUAAGCCACUUGGUCAAAAUCCCGUAGAUUAUCCACUCCAAAUGUAUUGUGGAGACGGUGAAUACAAUGCAUUGGCAGCUUUAUGGUUUCAAACUCCGGAAGCUUGCGUUCGUUCGCUUUUUCACGACGAUUCUCUAUCAAUAAAACCAUUAUCAAUAUUUCUUUUUGCUUUGGUUUAUUUUUUUGUGUCUUGUUGGACGUACGGUCUCAGCAUAUCCAGCGGAUUAUUCGUACCUUCCCUACUGACCGGAGCAGCUUGGGGAAGACUGUGCGGAAUCGGAUUAAAUUACCUGACAAACAACGAAAUGUGGGCCGAUCCUGCUAAAUACGCCGUGAUUGGAGCAGCUGCACAAUUAGGAGGCAUCGUCAGAAUGCCUUUGUCGUUAUCCGUUAUUUUAAUGGAAGGAACGGGUAACAUCGUUUUAGGUUUUCCAUUGAUAAUAACAUUGAUUGUUGCAAAAUGGACGGGUGAUUAUUUCAACGAGGGUAUUUACGACAUUCAUACGAGACUCAAAGGAGUACCCAUACUCCCGUGGGAACCUCCACCUUUGGCCAUAACCAUUUACGCAACGGAAAUAAUGAGUUAUCCCGUCAUUGCAUUUUCCGUCGUCGAAAAAGUUUCAAACAUAAUAAAUAUUUUAAAAACAAAAUCUCACAAUGGAUUUCCGGUCGUUAAUAAAGAUGAGGAAUCGGAUAACGGAAGAAUAAAAUCCAACGGUCGAUAUCGCGGACUCAUAUUAAGAUCACAAUUAAUCGUUCUUUUGAAUAAUAAAGUAUUCAACGAAAACAACGACAACGUGAACUUUCUAGAAAAAAUAAAUUUAAAAAUAUUUAGAAACGCUUAUCCGAGAUACAUGGGAUUGGAUAAAUUGAAAUUUUCCGAAAAGGAAAUGAAUUAUCACAUAGAUUUAAGACCCUACAUGAAUCCCUCUUCUUACACCGUUCUCCACUCUGCAUCUCUUCCAAAAGUCUUCAGAUUGUUUCGUACUUUAGGUUUACGUCAUCUUCCCGUCGUUUCUGACAGGAAUAAAGUUAUCGGGAUGGUGACGAGAAAGGAUUUGGCGCGAUACCACGUGUGGAAUCAUCGGGGUAAAAUGUGGUUGGAAGAAUUGAAAAUUUCAAAAAAUUGUACAAAAGAUUGUCUGUUGAAUUAUUAA